ACACUCGCCUGAGGUCGGAAGGAAAACGCACCCGGCCACUUCCGCCCACCUUCCUGCCGGCCCUGCCAAGAGCUUCAGGGCUGAGCGGAAGUGACGCGCCACAGGAGUUUCUGCGCCUGACGUGGUUUUACCUGGUUUCCGUAUGCUGUCAUCUGCACAUCUGGUCCCUACAAGUGUCCGGCUUGCCCAGUCCUGGAUCUACAGUUCUUCUCGUUCCUUCAUGGAUCUGAAGGCUCUUCUUUCUUCCUUGAAUGACUUUGCAUCCCUCUCGUUUGCUGAGAGUUGGGACAAUGUGGGAUUACUGGUGGAACCAAGCCCUCCCCAUACUGUAAAGACACUCUUCCUGACCAACGACUUGACUGAGGAGGUCAUGGAGGAGGCACUGCAAAAGAAGGCAGAUCUCAUUCUCUCCUACCAUCCACCUAUUUUCCUGCCCAUAAAGCACAUAACUUGGAAGACCUGGAAGGAACGCCUGCUGAUCCAGGCACUGGAGAACAGAGUCGCCAUCUACUCUCCCCACACAGCCUUCGAUGCCGCACCCCAGGGAGUCAACAGCUGGUUAGCCAAAGGGCUUGGAACUUGCACUACCAGACCCAUCCACCCCUCCAAAGCUCCUGACUACCCGACAGAGGGGACUCAUCGCCUGGAAUUCAGUGUGAACCACACCCAAGACCUAGAGAAAGUCAUGUCUGCAGUGAAAGGAAUUGGAGAGGUUUCUGUCACUUCUUUUCCUGCUAGGUGUGAUGAUGAUGAACAAACGCGGAUCAGCCUGAAUUGCACUCAGAAGGCUCUGAUGCAGGUGCUAGCCUUCCUCUCCCAGGACAGACAACUUUAUCAGAAAACUGAAAUUCUUUCAUUGGAGAAGCCUUUGCUCCUGAAUACUGGAAUGGGACGGUUAUGCACAUUGGAUACAUCUGUCUCCCUGGCAACAAUGAUAAAGCGGAUCAAAAGACACCUGAAGCUAUCUCAUCUUCGCUUAGCUCUUGGAGUAGGGAAGACAUUAGAGUCUCCAGUCAACACUGUGGCCCUGUGUGCUGGUUCUGGAGGCAGCAUUCUACAAGGAGUGGAGGCUGACCUUUACCUCACAGGUGAAAUGUCCCACCACGAUGUCCUUGAUGCUGCUUCUAAAGGAAUAAACGUCAUCCUUUGUGAACACAGCAACACUGAGCGAGGCUUCCUUUCUGACCUUCAAGAAAUGCUGGGUGUCUACCUGGAGAAUAAGAUUAAUAUUGUCCUGUCUGAGACAGACAGGGACCCUCUCCAUGUGGUUUAAAAUGGACAGGGACAUCAUGACACAGGCUACACAUCAUCUGGAGUGAAGCAGGACCACAGGGAGUCAGUGGCAUGGCCACACUGCUGUACAGGUGUAACAGGUGACAUCAUUUCAGCUCGUCAAUCCAGCUGACCAAGUGUUAUAGCUCAUAAGGGAAAAACUGUGUAAAGAGUUUGUGUAAAGAGUACACCAAAGACAAAUAAACUCUUAGAAAAGACUAAAA